AUGCUAACAACGGAGGUUAGUACUACGACUAACCAGAAUUAAGUUAAAGAUCAUAAAGAAGCUGUUUUUGAGGUUUGUUUUAAAUUUAAAUAUUUUAAAAGUAUGCUCAUAAAUGGACUAACAGUGAUGAAGAAGAACUUAAAGAAUUGUUUCUUGUUCAUUAGGGUAAUUGGAAAUGUAUAAGCUCUAAAUUAAAUGGUCCAAGUCCCUUAGAAUGUAUGAUGAAAUGGUAAAAACUACAUCCAGAUCAAGUAAAUGAAUAUCUUAAUUUAAGACUCUUUAAAGACAAUUGUGGUGUUAGGAAGAAGAUGAUUAAUUAAAAGACCUUGUUCAAAAGUAUGGAAAAAAAUGGAGUAAGAUAUGCACUGUGAUGAAUUGGAGAACUGGAAAACAAGUUAGAGAACGUUAUCUAAAUCAAUUAUAAGGUCAUAUUAAUAGUGAGAAAUGGACAGAGUAAGAAGACAAGAUGAUUAUCAAAUUAUAUAAAAAGUAUGGAACUAAAUGGAGUUAUAUAUCUAGUUUUCUUAAUGGCAGACCUGUAUAAAUAAUAUUUAUUAUAUUCAAAUAGGAAAAUAUGGUAAAAAAUAGAUUUUAUGCCAAUUUGCAAAGACGAUUCUAAUCAGAUCUAGAAAAUUCUGAGGAUGAAUAAUGUGCAGAUUCUUAAGAUUCUUUGAAUAUAUCCAGAUAUAAAAAGAAAAAAAAAAUUAAACCUUAUAGAUUUAUUAGUGAUUCUAUUUAGAUCAAAAAAUGUUAACUUUCAAAUGUUAGAUCUGAAAUUUUCAAAAGAAUCACAAGAUCUAAAAAUAAAGAUAAUUUGAAAGUCAAAGAAGAAUAUAUAUAGGAAUCUAAUUAAUUAUAGAAUCCUAUUCAAUAAACUAUAGAAAAAGAGUAACUAUCAAAUUAAUUCAUUUCACCCUAGUAAUUAAAUGUAAAAGAAGAAAUCAUUUUUAAUAAUAAUCAAGCAACGUAUAAUCCAUUUAUGUUAUCCAAGUAUUAAUAAAAUUUUUAAGCUCUAUCAUUACUUGAUAAAGAAAGAUUAGAGUUUGGAAUAAAUUAAUAAUAAUAUUCAUAAUGUUAUGCCAAACAAAAUGACACUCAAAUCAAUUUCUAAUUAUGUUAGAAAUGUAGCUAAUGUGAGAAUACAAUAGAUACAAAUCAAUUGUAUUCUUUUUAAGAUAUUAAUCAAUUAUUCAAAUUGUUUUAAUAUCAUAUGUUUAUGCAACAUCAACCUUUACUGAAUUUAAAAAGUGAAGUUGAUAUGUCAUAAAUUGGAAAUCAAUAACCAUAGCAAUAUAAUAGCCAUAUAUUGCAGUGACAUUUCAUCAUUGGAACUAAUGAACCAAUGAAAAUGUUAAACAUUAUAUCAUCAAAUACAAAAAACCCAAC